AUCUUCACUGUCCAACAACAAAAUAGAGCACAUGGCCGACGAAGGGCAAUAUAGUAAACUUACCUUAGUUUCUCCAGUAUACUCAUAAACGGGCUUUCAUAAACCUUAAGCAAGUGAAACAUAGGGGUUUUUCUUCUUUGAAUAUCGGCUGUUUAUACAAAGAGAAGAAGAAGAAGAAGAAGUAGUUGGACAAAAAUGGUUAGGUUAACGGCAGACCUGAUUUGGAAAAGCCCGCAUUUCUUCAACGCCAUUCGCGAACGCGAGUUAGAUCUUCGAGGCAAUAAGAUUCCUGUUAUUGAGAACUUAGGUGCUACUGAGGAUCAAUUUGAUACGAUUGAUUUAUCUGAUAAUGAGAUUGUUAAACUUGAGAAUUUUCCGUAUCUGAAUCGACUUGGAACCUUGUUAAUGAACAACAAUAGAGUUACGCGUAUCAAUCCCAACAUUGGAGAGUUUUUGCCGAAAUUGCAUACCUUGAUUCUUACUAGCAACAGACUUACGAAUUUGGUUGAAAUUGAUCCGCUAGCGUCUCUCCCAAAGCUGAAGUUUCUUAGUCUGCUUGAUAACAAUAUCACAAAGAGACCAAAUUAUCGCCUUUAUGUUAUUCACAAAUUGAAGUCCUUGCGUUUGUUGGAUUUCAGGAAAGUCAAACAAAUGGAGAGAUUGGAAGCAAGUAAAUUAUUUGCAUCACAAGAAGCUGAAGAGCUGGUCAAAAAGGAGUCAGUGAAGACUUCUGUACCUGUUGAGGUUGCGGCUCCUGCCGAGGAACCAAAGGAAGAUCAACCACCUAAGCCAGCUGGUCCUACACCCGAGCAAAUUAUAGCAAUUAAGGCUGCCAUUGUGAAUUCCCAAACUCUUGAGGAGGUGGCUAGACUUGAACAGGCAUUGAAGUCAGGCCAGCUUCCUGCAGAUUUAAAUCUUGGUGAUUACGAUGUUGCUGCUAAAAAAGAAGACAAGAAGGUAACAGAUGGCGAUGAUAAAGCUAACAAGACUGAGGAAAAUGUACCUGAACAGAAAACUGAUGAUGGUCCUACGGAUAUGGAGCAGGAGUAGACAGUUGGGGUUAAUGUGUAAUUGAGUUGGAGCAUUCAGAUGCCAGCACUGUUCAGUCGCACACGGUUUAUCUGUGUAUGAAGAGCUCUUUAUUUUUGGGGGGAGGGGGGGGGAGGGGGGAGGGGGGAGAGAGGGGGAUUAAUUAAUCCAUGUAACUUAAGCCAUUGUAUUCUGCUGUGUACUGAGACCUUUUCUUGCAUUUUGAUCUUAGAAGACCAGCUGCCAAGUUUAUCAAAUCUUAGCUUGUACGCAUCAGGUGACAAAGCUAAAUUAGUAGUGUGUCAAAAGUUGUAGUAAACAAAAAUGCGUUUGGCAAGUCCUGCCUUUUUCUUAAUUCUCUUUCUUACA